AUGACACCAAAACGCGAAGAUGAUGCGUCAAUAAAGACUGGGGCUACCUUCAGCUCGGAAGAGCUGAUAAAGCCCUACAUGAUAGUGAAAAAGAUGUCUGACAAACUUGACUCUCUUGGAGUGGAGGUGACAGGAAUAGAUAGAAUUCCCGGAAAUAAACGAGCACAAAACAAGACUAAACAACUCAUACAUGUGAUUGGCUUGUGGAUCUCAGCAUCAGGUGGAUUAUCAUCUAUGUCGUCAUUUUAUCUAGGGCCAUUACUCUUUGGUCUUGGUUUGAAAAAGACACUCAUCUUAGGGCUCACUGGUCAAAUUUUUGGUUGUCUUAUCGCGGCAUAUUGCUCGCUUAUGGGGCCACGCUCUGGUUGUCGGCAAAUGGUUAGUGGGCGAUUUUUGUUCGGGUGGUGGUUUAUCAAACUCGUCUGUCUAGCCAGUAUCAUUGGUGUGAUGGGAUGGUCAGUGGUGAACUGUAUUGUGGGAGGCCAAAUAUUGAGUGCCAUUUCCAAUGGCAAAGUUCCUUUGAUUGCAGCCAUCAUCAUUAUUGCAGUGGUUUCUCUCUGUAUUUCCAUCGCGGGAAUCCGUUUCUUGGUUAGAGUUGAGGCGUACCUUUCCAUCCCCGUCACAAUCGCUUUCUUGACAUUAUACAUUGCAGCAGCUCCGAAGUACAAAUACUUAUCUUCUGCAGACAGUCCGGAUCUUUCAUCUCAUCAAAUCAUCGGAAACAGUCUCUCUUUUUUUGCGUUGUGCUACUCUAUUACUUCCACUUGGGGAUCGAUUGCAGCUGACUAUUAUAUUUUAUUUCCUGAAGAUACUUCAGAUAUUCAAAUCUUUACCCUCACGUUUUUGGGAAUAGCAAUUCCGACCACUUUUGUUGGUAUGGUCGCCAUCUUGAUAGGUAAUGUGGCUAUGAACUACCCACCUUGGGCAGCCGCGUAUGAGGAACUUGGGAUGGGUGGCUUAUUGCAUGCUGCUUUUGAAAGUUGGGGUGGAGGCGGAAAGUUCUUGUUAAUUCUCAUCUUCUUGUCCCUAAUUUCAAACAACAUAUUGAACACAUACUCCGCAGUAUUUGGUACACAAUUGAUAGGAAGACCCUUGGCUAGAAUUCCCCGCUGGUUGUGGUCUUUCUUGUUGACAGCUAUUUAUUUGGUAUUGGCAAUCGUGGGUAGAUACAAGUUUGCUACAAUUCUCGGCAAUUUUUUGCCGAUGGUGGGAUAUUGGAUUUCCAUGUAUUUUAUCAUCCUUUUGGAAGAGAACACCAUAUUCAGGAGCUCUCGCUUCAGACAUUUGUACACGAAAGAAUUCGAAGGAGUUACAGAAGAAAACAGGCAUUUGUGCGGUGGCAGCGAGAACUAUAAUUUCAGAAUCUGGAAUAACCAGGGUAGAUUAUCUCGUGGGCUUGCAGCAACUGCAGCUUUCCUUUGUGGUGCUGCCGGUGCUGUCGUUGGUAUGGCUCAAACAUAUUAUGAGGGCCCAUUAGCGGUAAAGGUCGGCGGAGAUAUUGCUAUGUGGCUUUGUAUUGGUUUCAGUGGUCUCGUGUUUCCGUGUCUCAGAUACUGGGAGCUCAAGAAGUUCGGAAGAUAG